AAAUUAGAACAUGUAAAUUACAGAUUCAUUCUCAAAGAUACACCACAUCAAACAGCUGUAAAGCAGUGUACCAGUGGCAAGGCUGGGAAGUGGCUGGGGUGGUUGCGUCACAGAAACUGGCAUUUAACAGUGCUUGUCUCGGGAGCUGCUUGAAAUGAAAUGGAUCAUUUUUCUUCAUUCUUUCUCAAAUGAGAAAGGCUUUAAAAUUGCUCAAGCAAUGAUGCCCCGUUCAAAUCUGCCAUACACUUGCAGUCUAAGUUCUCCUGUUUUCUCUCAGUUUGAGUUCUCAUGGUUUAUAUAAGUUCUCCUGUCCUUUCCCCCCCCCACUGGUUAAGCAAGAUUGCUUUGGGAUGAAGUCCUGUGUCUGUAGCAUGAUAUUAUUGCUGUAGCACGAUAAUGGGGCAUUAUUGGGUGACCUACUCUUCAUGCAGUGGCAAUCAAGUUAAUGAAAGGUCUUAUUUUGCUCCUUGUACAGUCAUCUAAAAAGGUAAGUUCUUAAUAGGGAUGUACCAAAGAGCUUUCUGGCUUGUGUUUGCUCAGAGCAACAGGAGUACUUUCCUGGGUGAAUAUUGUGGGGUUUUAUUUUGUAGUAACACUCAUUUUAAUGAGAAACAGUUACUGUUUCUAAAAGAGGAGGUAAAAGGUGAAGAAAAACAGAGAUUCUUCUGCUGCUCUUCUUUUCUGAUAAAUUUUUAACUGAUGAUUUAGCUGGAAUAUUGACUCUGUGAUAGGCCUUCAUUAUCUGCUUAGAAACCCUCUCAAAAAGAAAGAGGACUGUCUACUCCAGUAUAUGGCUAGGUCUCAGUGAAAUAAGUUGCCUGUAGACAAACACUGUUACAGACUUUGUUAUCUCCUCAAACAAGGCAAAUCUCGUAGAGAGCUGUGCAGUGCAAAAUUGAAACACUGCCUUUGAUUUCCUGCCUUGCAGAUUGCUAGUUUAGCGAGUAUGAGAUCACUGUGAUGCUCACAUUGUUUUGUGUUGCAGAAUGGCUAAUUAAAGGGCUUGUGUGGAGCUCUUGGUGGAAAACGCACGGUCUUUGACAGAUGAUGUUCCUGUCAAAGAAGACCUGGAGCAUUAUACAGUAGCAGUUCUCUUUUUGUUGAGAUAAGUACCAUAUUUUGAAGAUGUAGAUGACAUCUGAAUCUCUCCUGACAGAUUCUAAAACUUCACUUCCUUCCCUGAGGUGUAAAUUCUAAUACUGCUUUUACCAGCCUUUGCGCCUUGUACUGCUCAAGUAGACAUCAUCCAUUUCUUCCACUUCAGUUGUUAAGUCCCUAGUUAUGCCUGAAGGGAAUGUUUAAAAAGAAAAUUUCUCUAUAACUGACUGGUCUGCAGGAAUCAAAUCUCUUUCAAAACUGUGGGGUUUGCAUUUUUUUGUUUGUUUGUUUUGUUGGUUGGGUUUUAUUUUUGCUUGCAGACUGAAGAAUACUUUUUAUGGGAAUGAGAUUCAAGCAGCUUAGCUUCACUAGUGUUGCAUCUGAGCCAACAAACAAUGCUAUGCACUGACAGCGACUGCUGGUGGUUUAAUAAAUGAACCAGCAUUUUCUUCAUGAGACCAUAUAUUACCUGAUGAUCUUUAACUGUUCUUCAAUUACUCAUUAGUCUGUUUUUCUCUUGUGGAUAAUAGCCAUUUUUUAAAAUGUCCUAAGAUGAAUACUAAUAUGUAUUGACAAUCUGCAAGUUCACCUUUUUAUUUGAUAGACUAAUGUUAAGGACAGCUGCUGUUUGGACAUUUCACACAUACCUUACCUUUGGGAAACCCAGUCAUCUGUCAGGCACUUACAUUUCAAUCCAGCCAAAAGGUUCGUAAGAUUCUUUAGUUUGAUUUCCCUUUUCUGGCAUUAUUGAGGUCAGCUCUUGGCUUCUGUCAGACCACGGUGAAGUGACUUACUGCCUUGGGAAGCAAAUGAGAAUCAUCUUACAGUGUCAGAUGGCUGAAUGGAUCAAGCUUAAAAAUUUUGAUCUAUUCUAGGAGGAUGUGCCUUCUGAAACAUGUUAAAAACAAUUUAAUUUGAAGCUAAGUUUUUAUGUGAGCAGGUAAAAAUUGUUAUUGAAAUUAUUAUUGUAACUGACUUUGAGCUGAGAAGGUGCCCAGGGAGUUACCUUGUGAAAGUAUUGGCCCAGGAUUCCUGCCCUGCUCUGGCUGCCUGCAGACUCUCUCUGAAAGCAUGUAGAUGUGCCCUGCUUUUGUAUAUAUCCUGAAAUGUUAGGCAGCCUAAUUUGGAGUCAACUCUUCUCCAAAUAAAGGUGGGUAGAUACAUGUCAUUCUUAGUUUCAGCAGUCUCAAUAUCUAGAGAAUUUCGUCCAUUAAUUAUUUUUUAAUUAUUAUUUUUAGGAACCUGUAAUGUCUUGGAGUGUCCGUGGUAAGCCACGGUGAUGCUGCGUGGUUGGUGCAGGACUCGGGCAGGGCAGCUCACGACUGACAGCUGCUGGUGAACAAAGGAAUCUGCCCGGAGACCUCCCCGGACUGCAGGUGGCUUUUUGAUCCCAUACCUUAUCAUGCUGAUUGCCGAGGGGAUGCCACUGCUCUACUUGGAGCUGGCUGUGGGGCAGCGUAUGCGUCAGGGCAGCAUCGGCGCCUGGAAAAUAAUAAGCCCCUACCUUUGUGGUGUUGGUGUUGCCAGUGUUGUCGUCUCCUUCUUCCUCUCCAUGUACUACAACGUGAUAAACGCCUGGGCCUUCUGGUACCUCUUCCACUCCUUCCAGGACCCCCUGCCAUGGGCCACCUGCCCCCUCAACAGCAACCGCACGGGCUACGACGAGGAGUGUGAGAGGACAUCGUCCACCCAGUACUUCUGGUACCGGCAGACCCUGAACAUCUCCCCGUCGCUGGAGGCCAGCGGGAGCGUGCAGUGGGAGCAGGCGCUCUGCCUGACGCUGGCCUGGCUGGUGGUUUACCUCUGCAUCCUCCGCGGCACCGCCUCCACCGGCAAGGUCGUCUAUGUGACAGCCUCUUUGCCAUACUGCGUUCUCAUCAUAUACCUCAUCAGAGGAUUAACACUUCAUGGAGCUGUGAACGGGCUUGUCUACAUGUUCACACCAAAGCUGGAGCAGCUGAUGAACCCCAAGGCGUGGAUCAGCGCUGCCACGCAGAUCUUCUUCUCACUGGGCCUGGGCUUCGGCAGCCUCAUCGCCUUUGCCAGCUACAACGAGCCCAGCAACAACUGCCAGAGGCAUGCCAUCAUCGUCUCGCUCAUCAACAGCACCACCUCCAUCUUCGCCAGCAUUGUGACCUUCUCCAUCUACGGCUUCAAGGCGACGUUUAACUAUGAGAGCUGUAUAAACAAGGUGAUCCUGCUGCUGAUGAAUGCUUUUGACCUAGAGGAAGGCUCUUUGACAGUGGACAACCUCAGCAAGACGAAAGACUACCUCAUGGCCACCUACCCACAGGAAUACGCCCAGUUAGCGCCUCAGAUUAAAAACUGCAGCUUAGAAGCUGAGCUAGACACGGCUGUCCAGGGGACGGGACUGGCAUUUAUAGUCUACUCGGAAGCGAUCAAAAACAUGGAGGUGCCCCAGCUGUACUCUGUGCUCUACUUCUUCAUGCUGCUGAUGCUGGGCAUCGGCAGCAUGCUGGGGAACACGGCUGCCAUCCUCACACCGCUGACCGACAGCAAAAUCAUCGGCGCCCGCUUCCGCAAGGAGGUGAUCUCGGGCGCUGUGUGUUUCAUUAACUGUGUGAUUGGCCUGAUCUUCACCAUGGAGGCUGGAAAUUACUGGUUUGACAUAUUCAACGACUACGCAGCCACCCUCUCUCUGCUGCUCAUCGUGCUGGUAGAAACCAUUGCUGUGUGUUACAUCUAUGGGAUAAGAAGAUUUGAGAAAGAUCUUUACACCAUGAUUGGACGCAAGCCAAACUGGUAUUGGAAAAUUAUGUGGGCCUUUGUUAGUCCUCUGCUAAUUGUAAGCCUAUUUAUAUUUUACCUCACCGACUAUAUCCUCACAGGAACCUUGCAAUACCAAGCGUGGGAUGCCACACAGGGGCAGCUGGUGACCAAGGAUUACCCCGGCUACGCCCUCGCGGUGAUCGGGCUGCUGGUGGCAUCAUCCACCAUGUGCGUACCCAUGGGGGCGAUAAUGACUUUUAUAAGGAAGAGACUGAAGAGGGAAAGAGUUUCAACCGUCGCAUGAAUGCUGACAGCUGGAUUUGGGAAGACCUUACCCCCAUCAUCGGUGACAGGGCACUUCUGGAAGACAGCAGCAACCAUUAUUUGUAGCAGCUAUUUAUAGAGUUGAGAAUGGUGGGUGCUAUAUUGACCAAAAAGUGCUCUUGAGAGGUUCCACGAUGGUUUGGGGAAAAAAAAAAAAGCUCUUCUGUAACAAGAUGAAGCUUUAAAAUAGCCCAUGUGUGAGAGGGGGAAACCAGAAGAGCAGCUCUCAAAAUGCUAGUUAGCACAAAUUAACCGGCACAUCAGCCCAUUACACAGUGUUAGGUAAUUCUUUUCCACUUUGUUGCAGCACUGCCUGUGCAGAAACCUGAGCAACCAACUAAGCAUGUUCCUGCACCAAAGUACCAGCAAAUAUCCUUACCCAUUGGAGACAGCUGCACUUAAGUGUGCACGUUAUUUGAAAUGACAUCUGUAUUUCAUCAACAGAGGAAACUGUUGAAGUCUGCCGAUGAGAAUGUGAUAAUCCCUUUCCUACCUGGGAGAAACCAGUAGGAUGGUAUUGGGAGAUAAAUUUGGCCAACAUGGCCUCUUUUAUACUGGUGUCCAGCAAAGCAGUUAAUGUAUAUAUAUAUAUAUAUGCAUACAUAUAUAUGAGUUGCACAAGUUCUUCCCCCCCCCAAGAAGUAAGCUUCCAAUUCCAGUACAUAACUGUGCACUGUGCUGUACUUUGUAUUUUCUAGGGA